GCGAGCACCGUCAGCAGCGACCCUGGGGCCUCCCGUGCCCCUUUACUUCUCCUAUUUCCCAGCUCAAAUAGAGGGAUGCUGCAGGGCCCGGGGCUGUGGCCGGCAUGGCUGUGCGGGCAGCCCUGCUGCUGGCUGUGCUGCUGCUGUCCCACCACCCUGGGGACACAGCAAUCCUGGAAGCCAAUGGCAACCUGAGCUGCCGCUGCCUCAAGAGCACACGAGCCUUCAUCCCUCCUGAGAGGUACAGCAGCAUCGAGGUGUGGCCCGUGGGGAGCAGCUGCCGGCGCCCCGAGGUGGUGAUUAAGCUCAAGAGCCUGAAGAAGGUCUGUGUGGAUCCUGACACACCGUGGAUGAGGAAACUCUUGCAGGACCUCCCUCACCUGAGGAAGAAAAAGGUUCCCCGCUGAGGAAGCUGCCACGAGAGGCAUGGCCAGAUGUGCUGGGCCCAAAACUGCCUCCCUUCCCCACCCUGCCGUUGCCUUACCCCAGUCCAGAGGGAAGCAUGCUGCUGCCUGAGCCCUUUUUAAUGCCUUUAAACCCUUAAAAAUGCCCAUCCCUGCUUCCAGCCUCUCCCAUCCCGUAGCCAUGUGCUGGGAGUCCCUUUUGGCCACAACCCAGCAAGCCCAAUAAAGGUGGCAGACCUCUGUCAC